AUGCCUCCAGCAGUAAGCUCUAACAUUGUACAGAGGAAGAUUGAAGAUUUAAUCUGUGAUCCAGGUGAAGAAUGCGGUCCCAAUGAGCAAUGGUCUUCAUGUCCAGAGACUUCAAGAGAUUGUGAGCCUUCUUGUGACUGGACGAGAUUUCCCGAAACUAUUCCAAACUGCCCUAGAUCCUGUGGAACAGCACGAUGCAUUUGCAAGGAAGGUUACGUUCGCAUGACAAACGAUGACGAAGUAUGUGUUCCAUUUGAAUUCUGCGACAAAGAGGCUGAACCAUCAUGUCCCACAAACUCAACCUGGGCCAAAUGUGGCACAGCAUGUGAGCCCAGCUGUUCGAAUAUGUACGACACGGCUCCAUGUCCAGCCACCUGCGAAAAAUCCGCAUGCACUUGCGCUGACAAUUAUGUACGACAUGAAGGAAAAUGUAUCUAUUGGGGAGAUUGUCCUGAUAUCGACACUCAUCUUGGUGAGACCAAACAAACCACGGAAGUUGUUCGUACCUCCGCUGUAUCAGUGGAUGUACCCGUGCAGACGGCACCCCCGACAACGUCGACACAAAAUCCUGACAGUUUGAAAUGCGCCGUAAACGAGACAAUCGUUGAAUGCGGACGAGUUUGCGAGCCCGAUUGUGUCUCGAUUUUCACCAGAGCCGAUUGCGAUAAAUGUGGAACUCCAGCAUGUGCUUGUAUGCAAGGAUAUGCCCGUAAUCCUCAGGGAGUAUGCGUCUAUUGGGGAGAUUGUCCUACUGAGACUUCAUUAACAACCAAGUCCACUUCGUCUACACCUACCACAACUCCCAAGGUGCAGAAACCAAGCAAACUUAAAGUAGGCGGUGAUGUUUGCUAUGGAGACUUCCGAUAUCCUCCUGGUUGUUCCGACUGCGAUUAUAAGUUGUCGUGGAACUAUAUGGAAGAGACAGACGAGAUCGAGUUUUCGUUAGAGACAAAGCUUCUGACAGAUUCUUGGACUGGUCUUGGUCUGAGCAAGGAUGGGUCUAUGGUUAGUUAUCCAACCUAUUACAUACCUAAGUGCGAAUGAAA